GAGAAGGAGAGAGAAGGGGAAAGAGGAGAGAGCAAGAGAGGGAACAGCGCUAAUCUGGAUUUUGCUUCCCAGUAACCGAAAACAACCCGGAACGCGGCGCCAAGCGUCACUGGGCUCACUCACAUGCAGCCCCCACCGCGCGCGCACACGCCUCGUCAGCGAAAUAACUUCCAGAACAGCAACGCCGCAGCAUCCGGCUAGCAUCGCGAGCGCCGCACUCCGCAGCCUCCGCAUCCUCGCGCCGUCAUUCGUAACCGCUUUGCAACGUCAUUGAUUACGACGCGUAGUGUGGUUGCGCGCCCAUCGCGGCUCCUGUUCGCCGCUUGAUUGCUCGUUAUUUAUGCGUCGCGUGUGCCGAUGAAGACACGCAGAUAGCAGCAGAGGUGAAGAUCGUGUGUCCGCGCGCGCGUGUGUGUAUACGCGUGUGUUUAAAGCUACAGUUAUAACGCAGCGCAGCGUGUGUGUGUGUGUGUGUACAUGUAGGAGGAGUACCAUCUCGCGAGAUCCAGAGAUAGAGAGGCGCAUUCAGCAUCGUUCGUCGAUGUGUUUGCUAAGCGGUGUUUGGUGCGAAACUGCACAGCGGCUAAUGGAUUAGGCGGCGAUUUUCGGGGCGUGGAUUUCCCCGCAAGGCUGUUGCGGUCUCGCCGCCAAUGAUACCUCGCACUCGUGAAACACCGCCAACAAUCUGAUAGAAGAUCGGAUUUACCGUAGGAUCCUCGAGGGAUGCGAAAAGCACCUGAUCGUAUCGAACCGCUAUCGGGAAAUUUUUUAUUCCGGUUGUUGAAAUCGACAGCGACGACACGAUAUUGAUCGGUGAUCGAUGAUAUCGACGAUUGCUGAUUUUUGACGCAUCUCAACGGGCGGAGCUUCCUAAUCCGAUCACCCGGCAGCUCGGACGCGUAUCGAGGAAGCUCCCCCUCUCUCUCCGUGAUAUACCGGAGAUGUGAGUGAGUCACGCAUCACCUUAUAGUAGCGGCCGACGUUCGCGAGUACACGCGUGUGUAGCGCGGCCGACGCGCGGCGUGAAUCGGUUUCCAGGCGACGGCGACGGCCUGAUUAGAGCGCCUUUGUGUCAGCAUCCGAUACGGAAAAACCGCUUGGAAACGGUCGCCUAACAACCGUCAUCGCGGCAGCGGCAUUCAGCCGACCGAGCGGAUUCAGAGUUGAAUAAAUAAUUUGCCGGCGAGCGGAUAUCAUAGCUGCGCACGGGAGGAAGGAGUAUAGGCGCAGGCGUGCUGACACGGACAGGGCGUUUUCUUCGAUCAGUUAGCAAUCAUGCUGUCCGGAAAAGACGUCGGCGCGCGACUGCUGACGAGGUGUCUGCUUCUGCUGUACGCAGUGCCAGGGCUUCUCAGCAGCUCGCUGUUCGAGUUCAAGGAGGAGGCGUGCGACGGUAGCAUGAUGCUCAUCCGCUGUCCGUCCGGCACGACCGUCGACGUACAGAACGCUAUCUACGGGCAGGCGAAGAGCGGCAGCAUGCUCUGUCCGAUGAUGACCGGCGAGGAGGCCGGCUACCAGGACACGGGCUGCCCGACAAACCCGGCCUUCCAGGGACACGAGGAUGCGUUAAAACUAAUAUUUUAUCAGAAAGUGGUGAACAUGUGUCAGGGCCGGCAGUCAUGCCGGGUGCGAGUGUCAUGGGAAUCGUUCGGUAUUGACCCAUGUCCAGGAUUGGUCAAGAACCUGGAGAUACACUACAAAUGCAAGCCAGGUAAGUUGUCUCGUGAAUUCAUCGAUCGGGUUUAGGCUAUACUACGCCUGGCGAUUGGUAUAUAUUGGCUGGCUUUUGGGAUAGAAUUAGU